UAGCGGAGCAGGACAACUUUUUGGGGGGAGUUUGGAGACGGCUGUAUCUCAGCGGAUCUACGUGAUGCAAAGCAAACACUUUUAUUCGCUAAGUUAAGUUUGAAAGGUAACUUUUUGUCGUUGAGCUACAAUGGGACUCCCCACUUUGGAGUUCAGUGACUCUUUCCUGGACAGUCCUGACUUCAGAGAGCGUCUGAAAUGCCAUGAAAUAGAGCUGGAGCGGACUAAUAAAUUCAUCAAAGAUCUCAUAAAGGAUGGGAAUAUGCUCAUCAAUGCGCUAAAGAAUCUCUCUGUUGCUGUCCAGAAGUUCUCCCUGUCCCUGCAAGAGUUCCAGUUUGAGUGCAUUGGUGAUGCGGAGACAGAUGACGAGGUGAACAUUGCCCAGUCUUUCAAAGAGUUCUCCCAGCUGUUGACCACGGUUGAAGAAGAAAGAAGGCGUUUGAUUCAGAAUGCAGAUGAUGUGUUGAUUACACCGUUGGAAAAAUUCCGGAAGGAGCAAAUCGGUGCUGCGAAGGAGGGGAAAAAGAAAUUCGAUAAGGAAACAGAGAAAUACUACUCCACGCUUGAGAGACACCUCAACUUAUCAUCCAAGAAGAAGGAAGCAUAUCUGCAGGAGGCUGACACGCAGAUUGAUAAGGAAAGACAACUCUUCUACGAUGCGUCCCUUGAGUAUGUUUUCAAAAUCCAAGAAGUCCAAGAGAAGAAGAAAUUUGAGUUUGUCGAGCCGCUCCUGGCCUUCCUUCAGGGUCUGUUUACGUUCUACCAUGAAGGAUACGAGCUGGCUCACGAGUUUGAGCCGUACAAACAACAGCUCCAGUUCAACCUACAGAAUACAAGAAACAACUUUGUGAGCACUAAGCAGGAAGUGGAGAAGCUGAUGAAGAGGAUAAGGUCUGCAGAUCAGGACUAUAAACCCCCCGGCCAGUGGACGAUGGAAGGCUUCCUGUACGUCCAGGAGAAACGUCCCCUGGGAUGCACUUGGACUCGUCACUACUGCACGUAUGAGAAAAGCAGCAAGAACUUCAGCAUGAGCAGCAAUGAAAAUAAAUCCGGCGGGAAACAGAAUGGUAUGGUCGUGAACCAGCCGGAGAUGUUUAAGCUCAAGUCCUGCAUUCGGAGGAAAACGGACUCCAUCGAUAAGCGCUUCUGCUUUGAUAUCGAAGUGGUGGAGAGAAAUGACAUCUAUCGUGGAACUCUUUUCAGGCCACUUCAGUUUUUCUGUAAAGUCCGGCAUGGCGUGAUGACUCUGCAGGCACAGUCAGAAUCCAACAGAAGAUUGUGGCUGGAGGCCAUGGAUGGCAAAGAGCCGAUCUACAACCUGCCUGCCAUAUUAAGCAAAAAGGAAGAGACGUUUCUUAAUGAGGCGGGCUUUAACUUCGUAAGGAAAUGCAUUGACCUGGUGGAGGAUAGAGGAAUAAAUACAAUGGGACUCUAUAGGAUUGGAGGGGUCAACUCCAAAGUGCAGAAGCUGAUGACAACAGUGUUUUCAACCAAGGCACCUGUUGAUAUGGAGCUGGAUCCAGAGACGUGGGACAACAAAACGAUCACCAGCGGCCUGAAGAACUACCUGAGGUGUCUCUGCGAGCCUCUAAUGACCUUCAAGCUCCACAAAGACUUUAUCUUGGCUGUCAAGUCAGAUGACCAGAACUACAGGGUGUGUGCCGUCCAUGCUUUGGUUCAUAAGCUGCCCGAGAGGAACAAGGAAAUGCUGGAGCUGCUAAUAAAACACCUCGUCACAGUUUCCGCUCAAAGCCAGUUCAACCUGAUGACGGUUUCUAACCUGGGUGUCAUCUUUGGGCCCACCCUGAUGCGCUCCCAAGAGGAAACCGUGGCUGCCAUGAUGAACAUCAAGUUUCAGAACAUUGUGAUGGAAAUACUUAUCGAGAACUUCAACAAGAUCUUCCACCAGCCUCCGGACCCCAACGUGCCCCUGCCCCAGCCCCAGAGCCGGCCGGGCCCUCGCAGGAGCCGGGCCAUCUGUCUGUCCACGGGGCCCCGGAAGCCCCGCAGCCUCUACACCCCGACACUGUGCCUGGCAGAUGCAGAAAGCCCCUGCAUAGGUGACACUUUCAGCAGCAGUCCAAGCAGCACCCCCAUGGGCAGCAUGGAGUCUUUGUCCUCUCACUCCUCGGAGCAGAACAGCUCCUCCAAGACCGCUUCUUCGGCUCAGGCCAAAGACAAGUCUCUGCUGGACCUGCGCAGAACGCCAUCGCUGCUCUCUAACGGCCCCAGGAGCGCCAUGUGGGUCAGCAGCCCCGAGUCCAGUUCCAGGGAGGAGGGGGGGCGGACAGACGGAGAGUCAGAGGACGCUCUCAGCCUGUCCUCCAUCAGCAUCGCACCCAGGCUGUCCCCUGCUCCCAAAAAAGCCCCGCACUGCCGCAUUGACCUCAAGCCAGCCCUGCUGAACCGCUCUGCCGGCCCCUCUCUGAAAUCACUGCAUAUCGCUAAAGGCCACAGGAGCUGCUCUGGAUCCGUCCAAAGUCUGUCCACACUGGAGCCCAACGACACUUCAAAGCCCACCGAGCACCCGGACCUCCCCCCAAAACUAGUGAUGCGCUGCAGGCUGGACACCUCAGUCGGCAACGGCUACCAGAGACCUGGCUCAGUGGUGGCUGCCAGAGCACUGCUGUUUGAAAAUGCCUCUUCCCCACAGUCUGUUCCAGUGGGAAGGGACGCCAAGGCGAUGUAUUCCUGUGAGGCAGAGCACAGCCACGAGCUCAGCUUCCCCCAGGGGGCGCACUUCUCAAACGUGUAUGCCUCUAUUGAACCAGGCUGGCUCCAAGCAACAUACGAGGGGAGAACAGGAUUAAUCCCUGAGAAUUAUGUCGUCUUCCUCUAACAAAGUCGGUAAACAUGGCAUCUUUUUCAUGGUAUCCAUGAAAAACACAACACACAAAGUGGCAGAUUUUCUUUUAAUGUUGCUAAUAUUGCUGGUACUGACAUUUCUGCAUGUUAUGCAGUCUAAGCAGAUAUCAAGCCAAGCAGUUCUUUAACAUUUCAAACAUGUACCUCUUUUUACUGUAAUAACUUUAUUGUGAAAUGAUUGGGGAAUCCACAGAGAUUCAGAAGUUAAGAAGAAAUUGACAUUAUUGUAAAAUGAAAAUAUAUUACCCAUCGACUGCACUGAUGUUUUUAGUCCCAGUAUUAUCCAACAGAAUCACAAAACAAUCACGACUAAUUUCACAAGUUUUAUUCUCAGAAAUAUAUUAUAUUUUACUUUGUCAUUUAUAUCGACAGCACACUUUCUUUUAAUCAAGCUUUUAAUGGAAAUCUGUAGUUUAUUAAACAUUUUCUGAUAGCUGUAAUUAAACAAACUGUGAUUUAAAGUAAUGAUACAAAUCUAAUCUAUUAGAGUCUAAUAGAAAAAGCAUUAUGGGUUGCACCUUAACUGUCAUGUUUAUUGCCUGUGAUCAUUGUUCAUCCACUGAACCUGCUCACUGCUGCAGUGCACUUUCUGUUAGCCACACGGUACUGUACUGUACAGUAAUGCUCAUGAGCUCUUUAGUAACUGCUAACCAGAAAUAUGUACUUUGUGUUUUUCUUACUAUAAGUUAUCACAUCAAUAUAUAUGCCGUAUGUAAAAAUGUGUUUUUUAUAAUGUCAUGAAGGUGGAGCUUUUAGCUUGAAUGCCUUAAUGUGGUACUGCUUACUGGUACGCUGUGUACUAGUAAUGACAACUAGACAUGUAUCAGAUUAUAAUAUGUUAAAGAUACCAUUUAAUAUUGAAUGUUCUAUUACUGUCACAACCGUUUCAAAGUCCAUAAUUAUCAAAGCUUCUGUGAUACUUUGUCAGAAAGAAGAAGAUAAAAGAAAAUAUAGACAACAUAACUUCUACAAUUAAUACAAACUGAAAAAUGAUACCAAAGUAAGACCCCUGUGGUGACCGUAAUGUUUUUUUUGAGAUCCCGUGCUUGCCAAGAUCAGGAUGUUCUUUUCCAUUUUCAACUUCAAGAAUGCGAGGUGGCCUUGAACAUUCAUGCUGGAAUAAUACUCCCUUACAGUCUGAAUUUGCAGGGGAAAUUAUAUUCAUAUCCUUAAUAUGUAACGUGCGACACCCUUCUUUUUGUAUGGCAAGCUUGUUUCCUUGCAAUCAUCUACUGUUCUUGACGGUGCAUAAACAUGUCUUUAAAUAAACAGCGUGAUUUAUUCAAACUUUUGUCAACUUCUUUGUCACAGUUAACUUCUCACUGCAGUCAGAAAACCUUAAUUACAACAUGUACAACAGGAUGAAUAGUGAGAAUGGAUUGUUAGUGUGUCGACUGUUGGAGGCACACUAACACAACACUUGUGUCUUUAUGCACCAACUAUAGGGGGAUGUUUUUCAAUUAAAAGAGCUACAACUAGACUAGAGUAUGUCCUAGUAUGAAAUACUUUCAUUCCUAUCCAAAGCUAUAUCAAAAUAUGUUUGCAUUUCUAUUAUCCCCGCCAGGGAAGUUAGAUUCAACAUUUCUUUUCAUUUUUUGUUAACUACAGCUCCAAAACAAAAGUCAGUAUUUAGUUUAGAGUAAGAGCAUGUGCCAAGGAGACAGUGACCAGUUGUUUUUAUGCUGAGUCAGAAAAGUAUUUCAUUGUGACAUUGUGAAUUGAAUGUAUUAACGUACUGCGAUCAUUUCAAAUGUGGCACACUUCUCCAAUUGUCUGAAUGUCUUUAAUGAAGACAUUUUUAGAAUAAGUAACUGUAUGAAAAUAACACACUAAGGGCAAAAAGCCUUUGCGAAAAUGUCCUCGUAGUUUUUAUUUUUAACCCACUCAAGAUCACAGUAAGUAUAUUAUUUCUUAUCAAAUAUUUUACUGAUAGUUAUCUUCCAUGUUCUCCUCCCCUGAAGUAGUUGCAGUGAGUCACUCUAAAAUGAUUUCAUUAAUUAAGUGUCUUUGUUUACUGCAUUUACUUUCACUAAGAAUAUAAUCAUGGUGAGAACAUUGAAUUGUAAACUUGUAUUAUUUUGUUUCUCUUUUGCAGCUUCAGUACAAACA